AUGGCAAGUAUUGGCGCAGCAGCUAAAGGUGCUGGAAAUCCGAAACUUAAUCAGUUUAAGGAGUCUCUUAUCUCUAUGAUUCCAAGUAUAGAAGAGGUGGAGCAGGCAACUGAGAGAGAAUAAUCUCCUAUGAUACGAAUGCUAAUGGGUGGAAUCGAUAGCAAGGAAGGAUAGAUCAGCAUUGACAAUGAAAAUAGUAUAAAUACCAAUUCCAAAAAGAACACUAACAAUAAUCUGCUAUUGUAAUCAAUAUUUGAUGAUAAGAAAAAUUACCUAUCCACAGAAAACCUAACAGGGAAUAUUGGGCCAAUUGAUUUUAACAAUUUCAAGGAUUUGAGUUAAAGUUAAUACGAAUAAGUUAUAGGAAAGUUUUUCGAAAUAAAAGUCCCAGAAGACUAAAAAAAUGAAAAAGUUAAGAAUCUAUUAAAAGUUGCGAAGUAUAUGAUUUAUCAAGCCUCAGACUUUGCUUGGUAAAAUAUUUAUAACUUCAUACUUAUAGACUAUGAGAAGAGUCAACACUUCAAGAUAUAUGAUGAAAAGCAUGAUGGGCAUGGCAUCAAUGGCAGUCCAUCUAAAAUGGCUUAGCCCAGAUAGUCUUUGAAUGAAAUCAUAGCAGAAAAGAAAUUAAAGGAAAAAAGGAGAUUCAUCAUUAAUGGACCAGAUGAGAGAAAUAAGUCAGUGCCUGAACUUUUUCAAGUUGUUGAAGAGGCUAAGAAGUUACUGGAUGACGGUACUAUGUCACUUAAAGAGUGUUAUGAAAUAUUAGAUUCCCUUCAAGAAACAGUAAAAAGCCAAAAUAAAACUACUUAGAAAAUGAUGCGAAUAGCUGAAGAAUUACUUUAUGAUGCUAAAUGCUAAGUCGCUAUAGGAGAUGAAGAUCCAAGAGAUGCUAAUCCAUAAUUCUCUCUCAAGGCUUUUAAGCAGCACAUUAGAAAGAAAGAAGAUAACGGCAAGUUUAAUUACAGGUCUGAGACUCCUUCAGAGAGUAGAGCAAAUAAUCCAUAGUUUAAAAUUUCCUCAAGUAACAAACAGAAGAAAAGAAUAGAAAUGGGUGGAGUGAAAGUUGCUCAUGACUCCAACUUCCAUGAAGUUGAAUUACUAAGAAGUUAGGCACAGUAGCAGCAAAGCUAAUAGAAGCAUGAAAAUUCAUAGAUCAGUAUUAAUAAAUAAUCUUCACAUGGCUAUUUGAGUUUAAUGCCCCCAUAAAUGAAUCAAGAUACCAAGAAUAAUCAAACUGAGGAAUAAAAGCUUCAAGAAAUGAUGGAGGAUUAUAAUUAUCAGAAAUUCAAAGAUAAAUUUGGUGAAGGUGACACUCAUAAUUAUUUCAUCAGCAAAGAGAACUAGAGUGUUAAACCCUCAUAUAUGUUUCCAAGAAAGAACAGCUAUCUGGAUUUUAUCAAUCAGACAGUUAAAAAGCAACCUAGCUUUGAGAAGGGUAGAAACUUGUAAUUUGCGACAUUUUAAAAGGUUGAGGGAAUGAACAGUCUAACUUCAAUGAGGAAUAAUACUGAUCAGAUCUCCUCUUAAAAAUCUUUGUUAACUUUGAAGGGUGAUAAGAUAUUAAGAAAAGAUACAAUGACCUCCUAAAUCACUUCUCCUAUAGCAAAGCUAAGACCAAACUUCAAUCAAGAUUUUGGACUUAUUCAAACUAAAACCAUUUCCCCCACAGUUAACAAUCUCAGGAAUUUGACGAUUAGCUUUGGAGUUCCCACAGCGACGUUUUAGCAUAAAAGGUCAGACUCUAAAGGGACAGGAUAAUCAAGUAGUGCAGCCCUAAGGACACCUUAAAAUUUUGAUGCAUAAAGUGCCAAGCAAAAGGUUAAGUAGAUGAAUGAAAAAUCUCGUUAGCAAAGCAGAGACUACUAAGAUGUGAUAUUCAACAUACCGAUAGAAGAUAAGUAAUUUCAAGCAAAGUCUCAAGAGCAAUUGACAGAAUAAAAAUACCCUCAUACUCAUAAUGAUUUAACUGGAACUAAAACAUUUGAGAGUAUAUAAUCUAGGUAAACUCACGAUGACAACCAAGAAGUUAAAAUAAUCAUAGAAAAAAGACCAAGUUCUCCAUCCUACCUACCUAUGGUUGAAUAAGUUGAAAUCUUAUCAGAAUCCAAAAGAAGGUAAAUUGUUUACAGCUCUUCUGGUUAGAUAAGAGGCUAGUCAGAUUUAUUGCUGAAAGCUGAUAGAUCAGUUAUACAAAAAUUCGGCUAUUAAUUUAGAUUUUAGAAUGAAAGAAGUAGAAAAUUAUAUGGAGAAAAUAAUGCAGGACUUGCAAUUAGAACUAUUGUUCCAGCUGAAAUGAAGAGUUCUUUAAGCUUGCUAAGUUUAAAGGAGAAGAAGAGACCGUAGAUUAUAAGGAAUGCAUCUCAGACUUCUCAAAUGCAUGAAAGAAUUAAGAAGAAAAUACAGAAGCCCAAGUUUUACUUUGAAACUCAUUUAAUAUAGGAGGCACAAAAACUAGAAUAGCCUCAUUAUGUUUGA